CUCCUGCCCUGACACGUCGAUUCGUGAGCUGGCCGUUUGCGGGUCGCGAGAGGGCGUCGCGGCUGUUGUUUUUGCGGGUCCAGGUCCGUCGGUUUCGGUCAGCGCCCCGCAUGGUGGCGCGACAGCUGCGUCCCGAGGGGGCCGGCCUCUCCAGCAGGCGGGAGGUGCUCAGACCUGGUGGGCAGGGAGCAGGGCACGGCAGGCGUGCGCCGCGUCGACGCGGCGACGCCCCCACCGCGGGCGGCAAAGGGCGAGCGCCGCCUCUGGCGCAGAGUUCGUCGAUCAGAAGGGCGAUCGCCGCCUCUGGCGCAGCGAUCCGAGUGAUGUCGGACACCAGCUGCGACGCCGUCGCGACGCCGCCCCUGCCGCAGGAGCCUCACCCAGGCAGGCUCCCUCGGGUGGUGGGCCUCUGGUUUCCUUGACGUGUCCCAUGCGUGCCCGUGCCGCCGUCGUGGCCGUCCUCGUCGCCGUCGUCGUCGCCGCUGCUGCUGUCGUCGUCGUCGUCGUCGUCGUCGUCGUCGUCGU